AUGAUAAGAGCUUACGCUCAAAGUGAUCAACGUGCCUGGGAUGUAAAACUUCCUCAAUUGGCUUUCGCUCUAAGGACGGCGAUAAACGAUAGCACUGGAGAAUCUCCUGCCUUCUUGAUGUUCGGUCGUGAACCUCGUUUACCGAUAGAUGUACUAUUUGGUUCAAUAAAUCCAUCUGACGAUCAUCCAGCCAAUGAUCGAGAUGUUCGGGUCUAUCGUGAUCGACUUACAGCUAACCUUUUACCAGCAUUUAAUUUUGUACGAGAGCGUCUAGAAAUUGCACAACAAAAUCAGCAACAAAAUCAUCCUACGACAGACAUCGUAGAGAUGUGCAUUUUGAGUUGGGCGAUCUUGUAA